UGCGACGAUGCCGACUUGGACACUUUCACCGCGGAGCCGCACGCUUUUGAGAGUAAAAACACAGAUUUCACAGUAGGAGCCUGGCUUGUUGUCUGAGACCUCUUUCUGCGCCUCUGGAAGGGAAAUAACCUCAACACCGAACGCUAUAAAGUGUGAUUGAAACAAACAAAACAAACAAGAAAAAUCUCGCCCCCUAUGCGGAUUGAUUUAUUAUUUUUUUGCUGCUCUCUCUUCUCAGCAUUCCCUCAGUCAGUCGACGGAUUUUUUUUUUUUUUUUUUUGGUGUUGCCAUUACAGCUCAGUAGAGGGUGUCAGAUUAUUCUUAGAGCACCCGCACUAGGAUGAACACCGUCUCCGCGUUCCACCUUUUGUGAUUCCCAGAUCGCCACGCACAAAAAAAAAUAAGGGGUGGGUGGGUGGGCGGAUGGGGGGGAAACGAGCCAGGCAAGACGCCGAAGGAUGUGAGGGGGGAUGCGGGUGUUUUGCAGCGGUGGGAUCGCCUCGACAGCUCCAGCGCGGGGUGUGAUUUCAGCACCAGAAGAGAGGGAACAGCUCCGGACGCCGCAGCACGCAGCAGCACGACCGGAGGAGGAGAAGGCACGGAUUUGUUCAUUUUUACCCAGCCAAGGUCAGUCUUAAACGAACCGAGAACUGCCACGAAAAAAGACAAAAAGAAAAGAAGAUGUGCUGGACUCUACCGCCGCUCGCUGUUUUUGAUUUUCAUCAUAAACACGCGGAGGCUCCGAGGAUUCAGUCGAUGUGAAAGAGACGUCUAUGUGGUCAUUUACGAACUGGAAGUCUGGACACUGGGCAGGUUAUAUGCAGCAUGGAUCGGUUAUAAAAGACUGCCUUAUCUCCCCCCCCCCCCUCCCCCCACCCCACCCCUAAAUGUCUACAUCGCCCCCCUUUUCUUUCUUUCUGCUUCUUCUUCUUCUUAUUGAUGUAGACUGAAUUCGCAGCUCGUGUGUCUUGAAACCGGGAAUGAAUCGUCCACGUUGAAAAAAUGCUGCUUUGGGUUGUUCUGCUGAAUGCGGCUCUUUGUGUUGCUGGUCGCAAUGUUACAAGGGACGUUUGUAAGGAGCAGAUAUGCUCCUGCAACGAGGUGGAGGGAGAUCUGCACAUAGACUGCGAAAAAAAGAGCUUCACCACUCUGCAGCAUUUGACUGGCCCGAGCUCGCACUUCUAUCACCUGCUGUUGCACGGAAAUUCGCUCUCCAGGCUAUUCCCCAACGAGUUCGCCAACUUUUACAAUGCCGUGAGCCUGCAUUUGGAAAACAAUGGGCUGCACGACAUUGUGCCCGGCGCCUUCCUGGGACUGCAGCUGGUGAAGAGGCUGCACAUCAAUAACAAUAAGAUACGACUAUUCAGGAAGAGUACAUUUCUGGGAUUAGACGACUUGGAAUACCUCCAGGCUGAUUUUAAUCUAUUGAGGGAUAUUGACCCCGCCGUUUUCAGGGACUUAAAUAAACUUGAAGUGUUAAUACUUAACGACAACCUCAUCAGCGCGCUACCUAUAAACGUGUUUCAACAUGUGCCCAUUACGCAUCUCGACCUGCGGGGGAACCGAAUCAAAACGUUGCCUUAUGAGGGGAUCCUUGAACAAAUACCAGGCAUUGCGGAGGUUUUGUUGGAGGACAACCCGUGGGACUGUAACUGCGAGCUGGUUUCUCUGAAGGAAUGGCUGGAGAACAUACCGCAUAACGCGCUCAUUGGGAGGGUGAUCUGCGAGGCUCCCACCCGGCUGCAAGGGAGCGACCUGAACGAGACAUCAGAGGCGGACAUGUGCCCUUCACAGAGCGGAGGCGUGGACACCAGCCUGGUCGCCCCUCCCACCCAGGAGGAGGCCUCCGAGACCGCGGCGCGUGAACCGCGUCCCACGCCUUACAAGCCCAGCGGAGACACCAGCGGGCCCCCGACGCCCGGCGGCCGCGGGCCGAAGGGCCGUUCCAAAUCUCGUGAGAACUGGCAGCUGAAGACGAGGCCUACCCCGGUGUUGACAGGUGUGAACGGCGACAGAGAGCAGCUGCACAACGUGACGUGCCCCCAGCCGUGCAACUGCAAGCUGGUCGGCUCCAGACAGGGGCUGGGGGUCAACUGCGAGGGCAAGAAGAUCGAGAGCUUAGUCAACCUCAAACCGAAGCCCUUGGCCGCUCACGAAUUGAACCUGAGAGACAACAACAUACACGCGGUGAAAAAGAACCAGCUGCUCGGCUACUCCAGCCUCAACCUGCUGGAUCUGGGAGGGAACAACAUCAAGAUGAUUGACAACAGCACUUUCCAAAACCAGAGCGAGCUGCGGUGGCUGUAUAUGGAUAAGAACUAUCUGGAUACGCUGGUGGCGGAGAUGUUUGUGGGCCUUGUGAAUCUGGAAUAUCUCAGUUUGGAAUAUAACGACAUCCAGCUGAUCGUGGCAGGCGCGUUCAGCCCCAUGCCCAACCUGAGGGUUCUGUUCCUCAACAACAACUUGCUGAAAUCUUUACCCGUGGAUGCUUUCCUUGGGAUUUCUCUAUCCAAAAUCAGCCUGCAUAAUAAUUAUUUCCCCUAUCUCCCCGUGGCUGGAGUGUUGGACCAGCUGAGUUCAAUCAUUCAGAUCGAUUUGCACGGGAACCCGUGGGAUUGCUCGUGCAACAUCGUGCCCUUCAAGCAGUGGACGGAGAAGCUCGGCACCGACGUGAUCGUGAGCGAUCUCAAGUGCGAGUCGCCCGAAGAGUUCUGGAAACGAGACUUCCGCUACGUCCGGAACGACCUCAUGUGCCCCAAACUCUACGACAAAGUGUCCCCGACCCCGCUGUCCAAAAACAGCACGUUCACCCUGGACUCGGGGACGCGCUCGAACUCUUACUUGGAGCCCAACCGGGUCUCCAUUUCGGUGCUCGUCCCCGGGUUGCUGCUGGUGUUCGUCACGUCCGCGUUCACCGUCGUGGGGAUGCUUGUGUUUAUCUUGCGGAAUCGAAAGCGGUCAAAGCGGAGGGAGGGCAACUCGUCCGCCUCGGAGAUCAACUCCUUGCAGACAGUGUGCGACUCGUCCUAUUGGCACAGCGGGCCGUAUCAUGCAGACGGGGGCGCGCACCGGGGCUUUGACUGCAGCACGCACCUCUCCACGACAAACGAUGCGUAAUGGGGGACCCGGCUGUGGUCUCGUACAAUAAGAACCCCCCACCCCCCAUACACCAGACUGGAUUACAAACAGUCCCACCAGACAGACUGACGCACAUACAUGACUGAUACGGCCAGAAAUCAUCCGCUUUCGUUCGUGAGAGGCGAACACAGACUUGUUUAUGUCUUGUUUUCUCCAGUUGAACCAAGUAAGUCAGUCUGCUGCUGCACAGGCCCCACUCUGUAAUAUAUGUAUAUGCCAAGCCCCCCUGGCUUAAAAAACCCUCCUUCCCUCCUCCUCCCAGUUCUGCUAUUUGCCGCAAUCGGACUACGGAUCUGUAUGAGACAGAAAAGAGGGAGAAAAAGGAGCGAGAGAGGGCGUGUGUGUGUGUGUGUGAGAGAGAGAGAUAGAUAGAUAGAGAGAGAGAAAGAAAGAGACAGAGGACCCAGGGAAUGGUGCACGAACGCAUGAAUGUAAAUGUAAAUACUCGGACCGAUGUAUCAUAAUCUGCAUGAUGAUAUUUCGCAUGGUUUCAACACACACACGACGGCGAGGAACCAUAACCACCAUAACCAACAAAGAAGCAAAACUCGACCCUUUCAUGUUAUAUCAAUAUGACGACAAUAUAUAGAUAUUAAGAAUUAUAUAUGACUAUUACAAAGUGCCAUUUCUCUAUUUUUUUUGUGAACCUGCAGUUGGGAUUUGUAUUUGUUGUUUUAAACCUGUUUGGAGA